AUGGCGACUGCUCUAAGAGCGGUAGAGUUCUAUAGCGGAAUUGGAGGCAUGCAUUAUGCUUUACAAUGUAAGUUAGAGUCAAAUUGAAAUGUUUGAAUGAGAACUUUAGGACUUGGUGUACCUUGAGAAAGCUUUUAUAUGAAUGUCGAGUAUAUAUAUUCGUGUAUAUAUCGCAAAUAUUGAAACUCGUUCACUCUGCCGAAAUAUUAUAAAGACGCUCUCAAAAAUAAUAAUGCACUCAAUUCUCAAAGUGAUUUAUUGCAGUGAUUUUAAAACACUGACAUAUUACUCUACUGUAUACAGCUAAUUCAAAAAAGGUGGCCUUUGCAAAGCUUAAAGGUGAUCUACAGUCCGUAUGUAAACAAAGCCUUUGUUUACAUUUUUGUGUCCAAAAUAUUGAGCUUUAUUCGACAACUAUUUAUAUUUUCAAGCUUCUAGAGUAUAAUAAAUGAUCAAGAAACAACAAUCAGGCUUUUCAAGAACUCAAAACAUAGUGAAACUGUUUGUAUCAUAAAAAGUGGGCUCAUUUGUGCACAUGCGCAGAUCGGACUGUAGAUCACCUUUAAGUUACUCUAAACAUUAAACCUUGGCCCAUUUCUUAGUGACAUGGUAACUAUCUCCAUACGAGAACAAUUCAAUCACAAAUAGCUGCAAUAUUUAACUACUAAGCUUGAAACUUGUGCUCCCAUUAAGCUUUGCGCGCUUAGAGUUUAAGGUUUAGAGUUUAAGGUUUGCAAAGGACAACCUUUUUUGAAUUGGCUGUAUAUUAGAUGAUGUACUAGUUAUUAUUGUCAUCACAAUAAUUCAUGAUAAAAUUAUGAACGAGUAACGAUCCAUUUUUACAUUUUUAGCAAGUGCGGUCGCUGUAAACGUUGUGGCAGCCAUCGAUAUAAACACGACAGCUAAUGAAGUAUACGCCCACAAUUUUCCCGACACAGUUUUAAUGAAUCGAAAUAUAGAGGUUAGAAUGACUUGAAUGGACCUAUUACCUAAUGAACAAAAUUUUGAUCUAGACAAGUCUAGACAAACAUUCACCACAGCUUGAAAGAGCAUCACAAAAUUAGUAAUCUUCCGAAGUUUCGUUGCGAAAUGUUGUAAAAUGCGGAUAAUAUAGCCCUGCGAAGUUUGCCGUUUUUUAGUCAUCUUGUAUUACGCACGGGAAAUUGAUUGAAUUGGACCGCUUUCUGAAAAAAGGUAUAAAUUUCCCGUGCGUAAUACAAAAUGACUGAAAAUUGCAAACUUCGCAGGGCUAUAUUAUCCGCAUUUUACAACAUUUCGCAACGAAACUUGGGAAUAUUACUAAUUUUGUGAUGUUCUUUCAAGCUGUGAUGAAAUUUUUGUCUAGACUUGUCUAGAUCAAAAUUUUGUUCAUUAGGGAAUAGGUCCAUUAGUAUUUUCUUAUCUGUGUAAAUAACUACAUCGUCUUGAAUCGUGAUGGACGAUUCUGACCAAGUAUCUCUUCUUCGCCAUCUACAGGGUAUAAAACUGGCUCAAUUUAUGAAAUUCGAUGCAGAUAUCUUUACCAUGUCACCGCCGUGCCAGCCAUUCACAAGGUUCGUUGCGUUUACUGGCGUCUCGAAACGCAGCUUCUUUUAAGAGGAGAUUUUUUUGUAUGUUACGUAACACGCGCUCAAAAGUAAUGCGUAUAAUAUACCACUUGAGGUUAUGACUAAAUUCAAAAUUUUUAUUUUUCGAUACGUUUUUCAAUCGGCAAACAAACUUAAAAAGUAUGUUUAGUGCUUUAUCUGUAAAAUAAUGCUGAGAUUUUAGAUGAUACGCCAAAGAGAAAAUGAUGUCUGAAGUUCAGUAAGUUUUGCUUAUAUGCAUGCAUGGUUGUAAAUAUGGCGUCAAUUUUAAAGUAUCAUUGAUAAUUGUAUUUUCAUUGACAAUUUUUGACUAUUAUUUUAUGUUUCUCAACCGGGAGAUGCAUUUAAAAAGGUAGCUAACUCUAUAAACUAGAGAAUAAAGCUAUAUAAAACCAAGUAAUUUUGAGAGGAACACCAAAAACGUUUUGGCGUUCUUCUCAAAAUUACUUUGUUUUAGCUUUGUAAAAGAUUUUAGGUUUUGAGCACUUUUCAUUGCACAUACGUGACAUUGAAAAAGAUUGUCUCUUAAUUAAAGAGAUCUCUAACUACCAAAUGGCUUUUUAUUUAAAUCUAGGCAGGGGAAUCAAAAAGCAUCCGAUGAUCCGAGGACAAAAAGUUUUUUGUACAUCAUGAAAAUUAUUAGAAGGUGCAAUAUUUGAAGGGCUCGCAUAUGAGUCGAAAAUUGACGGUGUUAUUUUUUGUCUAAUUUGAAAGAUCAUUGAAAACUGUAGAGUAACUUCUUUGAUAGAUUUUUGCUUUCUUGCUUCGUUUUGAAGAUAAUUCAUUUCGUAUGAUAUGCAAAGCACCAACUUUCUACGUCACAUCUGCAUAAUGAUUUAGCCCUUAAAGCUGUAUAUCUUUAAUAGGACUAAACACAAUCUGUAGAAAACCUACAUGGGUGUUGUUGUGGGCAAAUCUCGUGCUCAUCAUUCAUUUUGAGCGAAUUUAUUUGAUAGUGACAAAAUUAUAGAACAUUUUAAAGUAAGUCAAUAUGCAUGUUUGACGUAUAAAGUUGGUCCUUUGCAUAUCAUACAAAAUGAAAUAUCUUCAAAACGAAGCAAGAAAACAAAAAUCUGUCAAAGAAGUUACUUUACAGUUUUCAAUGAUAUUUCAAAUUAGACUAAAAAAUAACACCGCCAAUUUUCGAGUAAUGAACGUUCAUGCAUUCAUUAUUUUCCACAAUAGAAAAAUCAAUGUCUUUAACGUGUGGUAUUCUUUUCUUAAUAGUCUAUCGAAACCUCCCUCUUAUAUUCUCAUGGAAAACGUUAAAGGAUUUGAAGUUUCUGAAACCAGGUAUGAAUACAGCAUACUGAUUUCGUGUAAAAACAUUCAAAUUAUUGAAUAGACAAUUCCCAUGAUUAUAGACUAAUUUUAAAACUAGGCAAAGAGAUGCAAAUAAAUCACCACAGCUAGAAAGAGCAUACUAAAAUGAGUAAAAUUGCAAAGUUUGGUUGCGAAAUGUUGUAAAAUGCGGAAAAUAUAGCCUUGCAAAGUACGCUAAUUUUGUAUACUUUUGUAUUGCGUGCGAAAAUUGCUACCAUUUUCGGUCCAACUGUGGUAGCAAUUUCCGCACGCAAUACAAAAGUAUACAAAAUUUGCGAAAUUUGCAAGGCUAUAUUUUCCGCAUUUUACAACACUUCGCAACCAAACUUUGCAAUUUUACUCAUUUUAGUAUGCUCUUUUUCCGGGAAUAUACUUUUUUUGCCAAGAUAAAAAGUUAGUCUAUAAUGCGAAUUGUCUAUAUAUUGACCAGGAUGUGAGGAUGGAACUAACUUCAUUUGUUGUGGUUUGUUGUAGAGAAGAAUUUAUAAGAACCAUACGUGAAACAGAUUACUGUUUUCAGGUGAACUAACGUGAUGAGUAAUUCAUUGUAGCUUUAUUUGCGCAGUGUGUUAAACAAUGUGGUUGUUUAAUCCAUUCUUCUCUAUGUUAUAUAGGAAUUUCUGUUAAGCCCAUCACAGGUACGUUCUCUCAUUGCGGAAUCUUACACAACGCAUGCUUUAUACGUAACACGCGCUCAAGGGAAGAGCCUGGGAACGAGGUUGCUAUUGAAUACACUUUUCCACUUGCUUAUUACUAUAUUCAAUUUUUAAAAUUUACUGUGGGCCCUUUUAAUAUAUAAUAACUAGAAACAACAAUUUAUAACACUGUUCAAACUACGACAAGAGUUACAGUUUAAACACACAGAUUUCCACGUUUUUGGAUCCUCUGCAUCAUAACAACUAUGCAGGGCUUCCAAAUAAUAGUUCCGCAGCAAUCUUUUAAAUGUACUUAACAACAUAUUUGGCUGUCUUAAGUUUGUUGGAAGACAGUUCCAAACUCUUGUGGCAACUCUUGUCUCAACUUUACAGCAUCAAUGAUAAUUGUAUUUAAAUUGAUAAUGUUUAACUAUUAUUUUGUGCUUCUCAACCGCCAGAGAUACAUUUAAAAAGGUCGCUACAAAAUAUAACUAUAGAAUAAAGUAAUUUUGGGAGGAACGCCAAAACGAUUUUAGCUUUUGAAUACUUCUCAUCGCAAAUACUUAUCGCUGUGUAAUGUAUUCUCGUUUUGUUGUAGUUUGGAGUUCCGAACUCAAGGCUCAGAUAUUUCUUGAUCGCUGUGCAUAAGCCAUUACAACUGCCUUUUCCAGAAACUGAUUCAGUAAGUUGCCUUUUCAGUAAGUAUAUCUCGUAAUGAGAUUAUAUUUCGCCUACGAUGGGAUCUCCCCUAGAAAGGUCCAGCACCACCCUAAAAAAUCUGCUUGAACUUCUAUUGUUAGCGCGUGUCGAUUUCUUGAAACGAUUCAAUUGAUUUGUGAGCUCACGAGAAAAUAAUCGGAAUGCUUUAGUUAAAUAUCAUGGUUAAAUUUAUGUAAACAUGUCGAAGUUGUUAUACGGCCAUAUUUUCAAAUAUACUGUACUUUAACAAGCAAAUUUACUGUACUGUGCUACAGCAAUUGUCCAGUCACGCAUACGUGAUAAAAAGCAGAUAUAAAUGUUAUAAACAAUAAAUGUAAAACGUAACAGAACGGCGGACAUGCAGAUUCGGUCAUCUCAAAUAAUGGUAAUGUUGGGAUAGUAGCGUUGCAGACUGCAGAGGAGAGUGGACAGUAAGGCUCCCUCAUACACCACCCCAUAGAAAACCUACACCCCUCCUUGCAGAUGAGGCUAGAUCCGCCCCUAGCAUAUCAUUCAUUCUGUAUAAGCAUAUUUUCCCCCAACUAGAUAAUGAAGAGUAUUCCAGCUGCCCCAAACUUAAACACCAACAGUAAACCAUGUUCGAACUUCAGCGCGGAUAAUCCUAGAUCACACUGCCCGAUUUGCAACAAACAAACCUUAGAAGCAUCCAAUUCCACAGAAUUUCAAUCAAAUAAAACAACGAACAACACUGAACAUCACCCGUUAGCUGUGCAAAGAGAAAGUCUUACAAAUAAAACGGAAUCUACGGACUUCGCUGAAGGAAAUUGCAGCUUAAAUUUGGAGAACAUAAAAAGUAAAAAAGACUGCAAAGGCGUGAACGAAAGACACGAUGAAUCUACAAUAAACUCAGCCUCAAAUAUUAGUAUGGUAAACUCGAAAACAGGUUUACACGAUGCGGAAUGCCACAAAGACAAGAGCUGCGAUCAUAUUUGGAAUGGAAUUAAAAAUAUUCAAGAUUAUUUGGAAGAGCGAAGAGAAAAUUUCGAAGAAUUUUUAGUACCGGAAAAUAUUCUUAAAAAGAAAGUUCUCUUAAUGGGUAAGUGGGCGGGCGUGUUUUGUUGUUAACGAUUUUUAAUGCAUGUCCAUAUAGCUAAGUUUGUUUAUAACAAUCAAUUUUUCAUUCUAGAUAUUGUUCACACGAAAUGUAAUCAUUCUUGCUGUUUCACAAAAGGGUAAUGUUUGUCAAAUUGUCAACGAACAAUAGCAAAUGAAAAUUCGUAUAGUAAAUUAAUGGACCUAUUACCUAAUGAACAAAAUUUUGAUCUAGACCAGUCUAGAAAGCUGAUCUAGACCAGUCAAUCACAGCUUGAAAGAGCAUCACAAAAUUAGUAAUAUUCCGAAGUUUCGUUGCGAAAUGUUGUAAAAUGCGGAUAAUAUAGCCCUGCGAAGUUUGCCAUUUUUCAGUCAUUUUGUAUUACGCACGGGAAAUUGAUACCUUUUUCCAGAAAGCGGUAUCGAUUUCCUGUGCGUAAUACAAAAUGACUGUGAAAAACGGCAAACUUCGCAGGGCUAUAUUAUCCGCAUUUUACAACAUUUCGCAACGAAACUUCGUAAUAUUACUAAUUUUGUGAUGCUCUUUCAAGCUGUGAUGAAAUUUUUGUCUAGACUUGUCUAGAUCAAAAUUUUGUUCAUUAGGUAAUAGGUCCAUUCAAGAGAUAUAUUCGUUGUUUUCCCAAAUUUUCUAGUUAUGCGCAUUAUGUGGAAGGCACCGGCUCAAUAUUACAGAUGUCAAGUGUGGAUGUAAGUGGUUAUAUUGGGUUGUGUGAGAACACUAGACUCUGUAUGUGAACAAACUACACACGCGAAACUCUCACAUCUUGUAGCAAGUCUGCCAACAAGACGUCAACAAGUUGUGUUCGCACUGCUUGUCCCAAGUUGUCAACAAGUUUGGAACAAGCUGUUAAUAACUUGUAACAAGCUUGUUGAUAUUGUCAGGCUUGUUGCAAGGUUGUUCCAACAAGUCCGAUACAGUCACGAUAUAACAAUAUUGUUACAACCUUGUGUCGUCAAACUUGUAACAUUCUUGUUAUAUCAUGACUGUAUCAGACUUGUUAGAACAACCUUGUAACAAGCUUGUUACAAGAUGUUAACAGCUUGUUGCAAACUUGUUGAGAACUUGUAACAAGCUUGAUGGCAUUAUCAGAUUUGUUACAAGGUUGUUCUAACAAGUCUGAUACAGUCAUGAUAUAACAAGAAUGUUACAAAGUUGACGACACAAGGUUGUAACAAUAUUGUUAUAUCAUGACUGUAUCGGACUUGUUGGAACAACCUUGCAACAAGUCUGAUAUUAUCAACAAGGUUGUUACAAGUUGUUAACAGCUUCUUCCAAACUUGUCGACAACUUGGGACCAGCAGUGCGAACACAACUUGUUGACAGCUUGUUGGCAGACUUGCUACAUGAUGUGAGAUUUCUGUUGUUUCUGCUUCCUAUAGUCAAGCUCGAUAUUUGAGAAAUACAGCGAAGCGGAUGAAGAAGGGAAAAUAAAGCUAUUGAGUCCUUUGGGACUGCGUUACUUCACACCAAGAGAGAUCGCAAAUAUCCUGUGUUUUCCCAAGCAUUUUGGUAAGCAUGAAUGAAUUUCGUUUGAAGCAAAGUUGCUUUAAACCUGGUUCAUAUAUGGUCGUACAAAUAGAGUCACAAUCUUUCUCAACGGCCAGUUUAUAAUAGUUUAUGCCUGUAAAUCAUAAGUAUUCUCUAGUUAUAAUCAUUUCGCGUAUUUCAGUUCUAAAUUGUUGUAUUUCGAAAGAUCGUGACUCAAUCUUUACGAGCAUAUGGAAACCAGGUUCAAAACUCUCACAUUUUUUGUGAUCUCACUAGGUAUUUUGCAUAGGUAAAUUCUAAGUUUUCAAGGGUUUGAGGAAACUGACUUAAUAUUAAACACCGAGUUACAGUAGUUCCCUCAAACAUUUCUUACAAAUCCUUCAAAACUUAGAAUUUACGUAUGCAAAAUUCCUAUUCAUGUGAUCACAGAAACUUUAAUAGUGUAUACCAGGGUUUAUACUUGCGCUGCGGAAUUAAAAAAUAAUGAUGUUAUUAUAACAGUUAAAGGCUGAGAAAUUUUCGUAAAGGUUUACUGUAUAUAACUCUUUUUUCACUUUGUAGAUUUUCCAGCGAAAGUGAGCAGGAAACAGAAAUACCGUUUGCUUGGGAAUAGUCUCAAUGUUUUAGUCGUCGCAGAACUUAUGAAAAUAUUGUUUAGCUCAGGGAGUAAAUAAGAACAAUUACUGUACAUAUAUCACAAUAUUCGUUAAAAAAUGUGUUCGUAUAGCAGGAUUUGUUUCCAAAUGGUCGUAACGGGCAAUUCCAGCUAAAAAACUAAAUUUUGAUCAAGGCACGACGAACGAAAUCCAACACCACAGCUAGAAAGAGCGUCUUAGAAUGAGUAAAACUGCAAAGAUUGGUUGCCAAAUGUUGUAAAAUGAAGAAAAUAUAGCCCUGCGAAGUUCGCAAAUUUUGUAUAUACUUGUAUUAUGCGCGGUAAAAAUAACAACUUUCGGCUCAAAAAUAGCUAUUUUUCCCGCGCCUAAUGCAAAUAUAUACUGUACAACAUUUGCGAACUUCACGGGCUACACUUUCCUCAUUUUACAACAAUUCGCAACCAAACUUUGCAAUUUCACUCAUUUUAAGAUGCUCUUUCCAGCUAUGGUAAUGGCUUUCGUUCUUCUUGGCUAGAUCAAAAUUUCAUCUAUAGCUGUAAUGUUCAAAAUGAUCAUCAUUAUUCAUUUCUUUAGAAACUAAUUGUUUUCACAGUCAAUGAACACGAAAAUAUUUGCAUAGCGGGACUAAAUUGUCGGACUGGCUAGGCCAGUUCGCGACCAUAUAUGGCUUUAGUACCCAAGUAUAAACAUGCUAAUUGACAUUAUGACUAUAAACAUGGACAAAAAAUGACAAAGCUUUUCUUACUAUUUGUUGUUUUGGGAAAUGUCAACCAGUUCACACGCGUAAAAACGCACAAGUUGUAACGAACCUGCAGCAGACUUGUAGCAAUGCUGUUCCAACAAUUUGUCAACAGGAUGUGUUCGCACUCAGCUAGUUCCCAGCUUGUUGACAAGUUGUGAACGGCUUGUCGACAACUUGCUACAAGGUUGUUGAGCUCAACAGACUUGUUAAAAGUUGUUCCAACAACUUGUUAUCGUCAAUUCAACAAUUUGUCAACAAGUUGUGAGUGACAACCUUGUAGCAACUUGAUAAAAUACCAGCAUUGAUAUUUGUGAUGUUACUCUGAGAGUGUAUAUCCACACCGGGCGAGCUUGAAAAAUAUGCCCGGCCACGGUGGGAUUCGAACCUACGACCUUUGGAAUACUAGCCCAAUGCUCUGCCAACUGAGUUACGCGGUCAUGUCGGUUCGAGUAAGUGAUAUUUCGGAACAUAUUUUUCGGAACAUAACCGAGCAUAUUUUUCAAGCUCGCCCGGUGUGGAUAUACACUCUGACUCAGAGUAACAUCACAAAUAUCAUAUUCACCUGAGUACACAACACCAACACAGAAAAAAAAUCAUACCAGCAUUGUUACAACUUCUUGACAAGCUUGCUACAAGCCUGUUGCAAACACAUCUGGUUGACAGGUUGUGAGAUUUGGACGUGUGUUAGAUCGCGAAAAUUUGUUACAGUACUUAUAGGGUAGAAUAUGAUAAAUACAAGUAACAAUGGACAGAUGAUUACAAUGUAGGUUUAUAACUUCCUAUGUACAUACGGUUUGUUGUGUUAUGAAUUCCUCGAAAGUCUCCAGUGAAGCAAUAUUUCUCCGAAGCAAUAAAUAUUUCUCAGAAAAAAACCCUUUUUUUCACGGACGCAACGCAUAC